CCCACGUACUUUUUUAAUAUUACCUUUUGCCCCCUCUCUCCGUCUCUCGUCUCCUCCUUUUCUCUGUGUGCUCGAUCCUCGUUUUCUAUUCGUUCGAGCGUCGGACUCCCCCACAGCCAUCUUUUUCUCUUCCCUUUUCUUUAAUAAAACUAUUUUAAAUUCAUUUUUUAAAUUUAUUUUUCUUUUUUAUGUUGGAAUGGCGGGUCUGGACUUAGGCCCGACAUCAAGGUACCUGCACCAUCUCCACCUUCCAGAACUUCACCUGCAGCGCCAUCACCAACCCGAUUCAGACGACGAUCACAACAGGGGCCAGUUCGAAGGCGACGGUGGGGAUGAAAGCAGUCAGGGUCUGGAGCUCGGCUCGGGUAGCGCUGGGCUGGGAGACGUUGUGGGCAGACGCCCCCGUGGCAGGCCACCUGGAUCGAAGAACAAACCGAAGCCGCCGGUUAUCAUAACGAGGGAGAGCGCCAACACGCUCCGGGCCCACAUCUUGGAAGUCGCCAACGGCUGCGAUGUGUUUGAUUGUAUAUCGACCUAUGCUCGCAGGCGGCAGCGUGGGAUCUGUAUCUUGAGUGGGAGCGGCAUCGUGACGGAUGUCAGUCUGCGGCAGCCCGCAUCGGCUGGCGCCAUAGUCACGCUGCACGGGCGGUUCGAGAUCCUGUCGCUGACUGGGUCGUUCCUGCCGCCGCCUGCACCCCCAGGCGCGACGAGCUUGACUGUUUUCCUUGCCGGCGGGCAGGGGCAGGUUGUGGGCGGGAGCGUCGUCGGGGCGCUGAUCGCUGCGGGGCCUGUAAUCGUGAUCGCUGCGUCCUUCACCAACGUGGCCUACGAACGGCUGCCGCUGGACGAGGAGGAGCCGCUGCAGAUACAGCCGUCAGCGUCACAGCAGAUGUCGAGUGGGGGGAUGACGAGCUCCUUCCCUGACCCGUCGGCGACGCUGCCCUUCUUCAAUUUGCCGUUGAACAUGCCGAAUUGCCAGCUGCCGGUAGAUUGGGCGGGGAACGCAAUGGUGGGAAGGCCUCCUUUCUGAGUGAUGGCUGAGAUCUGUUUUUGAUUGAGAAACAUCUACGGUGAAAGGAUCGUGGCGAUGAGAAUUCAGAUGAGAUUGAAGUCCAUUGCAUCCCAAUAAUCGCCGCCGAUGGAUCGGAAAGGUCAGCUUACUCAAGGAUUGUAUACAAUUAGCUCUCUCUCUCUCUCUCUCUCUCUCUCUCUCUCUCUCUCUCUCUCUCUCUCUCCCCUUGUGAUUGAAUUUGCUCAGGUAAUGUUUCUUGAUGUUCUUCAUGGACUUCACUUUCUCUUCUUCUCAGUUUUUCUUUUUCUUUUUUCUUUUUUACUUUUCAUAAGCAAAGGGUUUGAGUGUUAGGUCUA